AAUUCCAUUUCUCACAGACUUUAUAACAAAAUGAAUCAAUAUUUACUUAACGGACUCAAUGAAGAAAUUCCUGAAUCUUUGAAAACAUUGUCAUUGGAAGUUGUGAAAUAUGAAAUUUUUAUUUUGCAAGAAAGUGAUGAAACAUCGUCAGAAGAACUUGAAGAUUAUAGAAUAAAAUGUUUAGCCUUGGUUACAAGUUUGACAAGUCAAUAUAUUUGGAAUAACGAAGGAUUUAAUUUGAGUAUUGGGCAGAUAGAUGGAAUCAAAUGUCUUCAUGGUGAAACUGACUUUGGUGACUUCAUAGAAGAUGAAUGGUUGAUCGUUUGGAUCUUGUUCAAAAUUACUGAAACUUUUCCGAAGUUGGCUGCAAGGAUUCGAGACACUGAUGGAGAGUUUCUAUUAAUUGAAGCUGCAGACUACUUACCAAAAUGGUUGAAUAUAGAUACUUCAAAGAAUAGAGUCUUCAUACACGGCUGUCAUAUGCACAUUGUUCCUCAACCGAAGUCUCCGGGUGAGAUUGCAAAACUUCCCGUUGGGCAACCCACACUCAAACAGUCUUUAUUUGCAAUUUGUAAACAUCCUGGAUUAACGAAAGCUAAUUUGAAAAUAUCUGAAACAAUACACAAACGAAUUGAAAGGUUUCCUCACAAAGCAAAACAAUAUAUACAAAAUGUCAAUGUAUUCAUACCGGAAAGAAUUGUUAAAAUUCUCGAUCAUGAACCGAACUUAAUAUCUGCCGCUGUCCGGGCUUUCUACUACAGAGAUCCGAUUGAUUUGAGAUCUUGUCGUGUAUUCAAACAUUUUUUACCAGAUACAAGAGUGUGGAGUCAGAUUCCAAUGAAUCGAUGCAGUUACGCCCAACUUAUGCAACAAUUAUUUUAUGCUGAUAAACGCAGUGGAUAUUUUGUUCCUAAAAAUGUUGGAUGUGAUUUUAAGGGCAUGGAUCUUGGUUCCAAAAUAGCUCAUGGUUUUGAGAUAUUGUGUGGGAAUUGCUCAAAUGAGGAUCAAAAUAUUGAUACUAAUUUUAAUGAAUUAGGAUUUCAGAAAUAUAUUGAAGCAUUAAAAAAACGUGACUAUUUUGAUGGCGAAAUUGAAGGCUCAAAACGCUACAAAGAACUUUUUUCAAAUGCAAAAAUUUAUUUCACAAACUUUUCAAAUUCUGAAAACCCAAAUGACAGUAUAUAUACGUCUUUGGGUAAAAAAAUCCUGAACAUAGAACAUGAUGUCUCAAGCGAAGAAGUAAAAACAAAUAAGUUCCGCAUUUCUUCCGCAAGAACAGAACUUCCACAAGAAGACAGUGAUGAGUGGAUGUAUCUUGAUGAUGAAAAAAUGGAUGAUGUUUUGUCAGAAAUGAGUAGGGGAUUUCAAAAAUUAGGACGCAGAAACUUGGGGCGAAAAAAUGGAGAAGAGAUGGAGUUGAAUGACCUAUGCGAACAGAUGCAGAAUUUUGUGCAUAGUUUUUCUGGUUAUGAAGGUGUCGAAUGCCCAUCGAACUCUGACACUGUAAAAUUUGAUGCCACAAAUUUUGAGGCUGCGUUAAAAAGACUUGCCGAUCAACGUGACAAUGGCGAAAGUCUGGAUUCUUCUAGCGAUGACUUUUUAUCCAGCGAGGAAGAGGAUGACAGCGCUCAAUCAGACCAUGGAGAAAACUUGGAGGAAGAAAAAGAAAUCCAGGAUGCAAUGCUGCAAAUGGAUAAUGAACUAGCUUCAACUAAUGUUGGAAAGAGUUUUGUCAGAGAAGAUCGAACAAUUGACAAAUCAGACGAAACGUCAAAGAAUGAUGAACUUGCACCUGUAAAUAUAGACCUAAAUUUAGUUGAAAAUUUCUUGAAAAGUUUUGAAGGCGAAACUGAGCUUACUGGCCCAACAUCAACUUUACUUCAAUCGAUGGGUUUGAAUGUUAAUGUGAGUGAUUGAUAGAUAUUUUGUUUUAUCACUGCCAUGGUACAACUACUGCACUCUGACGAAAAUUCAGUAAAGUUAGCAAAACAUCCAAUUAGGGUGUGCCGUCUCAUUUUGUGCCCUGGCAUGGAAGUGAAAAAACAUGGAGCAAUUCUCAAAUUAGUCUUGAAGGAUUAUGUGAGUACGCAUGCCUGUGUCAUACACACAGGAUCAAUGGAAAUACAAAUGAUACAGUAUCAACUCUGUAUCAUACUGUUUUACUCUUAACUAAACCCAAACAAACUGUAAAAUAGCAACCAUAUUCAAAAUAAAUUAAGAAGGCAGCUGCAUAAUCGAUGAGCCAUUAGGACGGCAUGUUAGUAAUCGAGGUUAGGUAUACUCUAUGCCAGUGUUUUCCAAACUUUUUCCAUCACAGCUUACUAGACGCAGCCAAAUUCUUUCGCGACCUUCAGGAACUAAAAUAAACCUUCAUAUAUGGUUUAUGGAAGAAUGAAUGAUUGGGCUUCGUCCUUUCCGUAUUGCCACUCAGUUCAGUUAGCGUUAGCUUUUCAAUGUUUGGUGAGAUAUGAUGGUUUGAUUUCAACCACUAAAAGUUGUUAAAAAUUGACAAUUAUCAAAUACUUGUUUACAGAAUGGAACGUAGCUUUAUUUAUUUUAUUAAAUUCAGUGUUGAAUUAAUUAAUAUCAUUGGUGUGCUGAAAAAUGCAACAGUUUAUUUCCUGUUAAUCAGAAGAAAAAACUUUAAAUUUUUCGAAGGUAAUAAUUAAUAUCUUCGUCUAAUAAGUCCGGCGGACAAUCAAAAACAGCAAAAUAAUUUUCGAAAUCGGUCAGAAACACCGGGCGUCCAUUAGCUAAAAAUUCAUUUGUUAAAAACGGAUACUGAUUGUUUUAGGCCGAGGAUUUAAUAAUAAUGAUACAAUAUUAAAAAAUUAUAUAAACAAAAAAACGUUAAGGUACCUAUAUCCAACAACUUUUGUCAUGAAGUCCAUUCAUUUCACGUAAAAGUUAUCUAUUAUUAUUGAUAUAUAUUUGAAAUACCGAUGUAUACCUGAAACGUAAUUUAUAACAAAUUUACCUUGUGAGCGUCAAUUUUCAUUCUCACUUGAGGAUAGAAUUUCUGUAAUUUCGAUGCAGUCGAUAAUAAAGCACUUGAUGCCAAUAGCACAAGAAAGAACAAAAUUAAAACCAUAUUGGUAUAAAAUCUUCUUCGUACUGGUACUUUGUACACUUUUAUUCUGUAGUGGUAUAAGUGAGAAUCAGCGUUUUCUAUUUUUCUACGCCUUACUUAACAUCUAAAAAAAGUUAAUUAACUUUGGAAAAUACAUAAUUUCCUGUUUUCAUAUCUUUACGAACACUAAUACCUAAUUCAACUAGAUCGGCUAUAAACUUCGAAGAAAUAAUAAAACGAACAAAACACGCUCAUACGCAUCGUACCUACUCACACAGCUAGGAUGCAAAUGCAGAGUUCAUUGACUUUAGUGUCUGAGGUGCUCCAAUACGUAAUUCUUUGUGGUACAAUAUCUUCGGAAGUGGUGCCUAAGAGGCAUAGUUUUAUGUUUUCUCGGGGCCUAACCUGGUACACGCCCUACUAGGGGGCCGAAUAAGCUAUUGGGAGAUAUAAUUCUUUUUCAGUGUAAUUUGAAAUUAUCGUGGGUCUUUGUAAUUAUCUUCUACUUUUUUUAACUUACUAAUGUUUUAAUCAUCUUGCCUACUUUCGUACUAUUAAAGAAUGUGGUGAUAAUUAACAAAAUUUCUUGUGAAUCUGUUAGUUUAUUGAUAUAUACAUGUAUAUAUAGAUGGAUUGGUACUAGUAAAAAUUGAACCCCGUUUUUAAUGUAA